GGCGGCGGCCGCCAUGACGCCGUGACCGCUGUACCCGGCUCCGGCUGCCCUGCGCCGGGCGAGAGACUCCCCUUCCCUGCACCUCGGCCACCGUGAGCGAUGCAGGCAGGAGGAGGACACACGAGUAGAGUUCGCAGUGUCGCCUACUGCCGAGACACCACUUCUGCUAGUCGCGAAAUACCUAGCCAGUUAAAGGGCUUUGCUAGGAGCUGCUCUGUAAAAAAAUAAAAUAAUUUUGUUUGAUGUAGAGGUGUUGCAAAAUGUGGGAUAUGUCAGGGUUAUCUUAAGGCAGCAUGUUCUUUGAUGUAAGACCUCUGUAUACUUUCAAGCCUAAUCAGGAAGAAAGGAGACCUAUCAGUGGAACAGGCAGCGCCAGCACUCCUCACUCAAGAAUAUCCUGGAACAAGCUUUAAGGAUGUACGCCUGAUGCCUGUCCCCACCUGACGACAUCGCCAUGGCCGGGGCACAGGGCUGCGGCGAGGGCAAGAUCGCGGGGCUGUACGACCUGGAGCGCACGCUGGGCAAGGGCCACUUCGCGGUGGUGAAGCUGGCCCGGCACGUCUUCACUGGGCAGCGCGUGGCUGUGAAGGUGAUCGACAAGAGCAAGCUGGCAGGGGAGGCGGCGGGGCAGCUCCUGCAGGAGGUGCGCUGCAUGAAGCUGGUGCAGCACCCCAACGUGGUGCGCCUCUACGAGGUCAUCGACACCCACGCCAAGCUCUACCUCAUCCUGGAGCUGGGCGACGGUGGGGACAUGUUUGACCACAUCAUGCGGCACGAGGGCGGCCUGGCCGAGCCGCGGGCCAAGCACUACUUUGCUCAGAUCGUCCACGCCAUCUCCUAUUGCCACAAGCUCCACGUGGUGCACCGUGACCUCAAGCCCGAGAACGUGGUCUUCUUCCAGGAGCAAGGGGUGGUCAAACUCACUGACUUUGGCUUCAGCAACCGCUUCCAGCCCGGCAAGAUGCUCACCACGAGCUGCGGCUCCCUGGCCUACUCGGCGCCCGAGAUCCUGCUUGGGGAUGAGUACGAUGCCCCGGCUGUUGACAUCUGGAGCCUAGGAGUAAUCCUCUACAUGCUGGUGUGCGGCCACCCCCCCUUCCAGGAGGCCAACGACAGCGAAACGCUCACCAUGAUCAUGGACUGCCGCUACACCGUCCCCCCGCACGUCUCGGCACAGUGCGCUGAUCUCAUCUCCAGGAUGCUGCAGCGGGACCCGAAGCAACGAGCGUCCCUGGAGCAGAUCGAGGGCCACUCGUGGCUGCAGGGGGUGGACCCAUCCCCUGCCAGCCGCUUCCUGCUGCCCCUCACCUCCCACAAGCGCGUGUCUGAGGAGGAGCACGAGAUCAUCCUCCAGGCCAUGGUGUGCGGGAACAUCGCGGAUCGGGACACCAUCCAGGAGGCGCUGGAAGCCGACCGCUACAACCACAUCACGGCCACGUAUUUCCUGCUGGCGGAGAGAAUGCUGCGGGAGAAGCAGGAGAAGCAGGGCCACCGCCUCAGUCUCGUUUACAACCUGGCCAAGGAGGUACAGAGCAGGCCCAACUUGUCAGACACAUUCGGCUCUGUGGGCGGCUCCGGCGGCCUCCUGCCCUUCACGGAGACGGGCGGCCUCAGCGCGGGCUCCCGGCUGUCCCCAGGAGGGGACACUGGCGGCCGGCAGCCCGGCGGGACCCUGCUGAAGGUCCCUGCCGUUGACACCACCAUCACCAAGAGCACCCCGGCCCUGCAGCAGAUCUGCGAGGAGGAAGAGGAGGACGAGGAGGAGGAGGAGAGGCCCAGCGCAAUGGAGAGGAAGAGCAGCUCUCUGAACCAGGAGCAGAUGCGAGCGUUCCUGCGCGCCCACCGCCCGGCCGGCCGCGGGGAGGUCUGGGGGCCGGGGCUUGAGCUGGGGGGCCGGGGCGGGCGCUCGGGGGCGGCCUGGGCUGGGAAGGGAGUCAGGGGUCCCUCGGUGCUGCGGGGAAACGGAGAAAGGGGAGCCGUCCUGUCAGCCCAGAGCAGCUCGGCUGGUGCUCCCCAGCUGCUGGGGACAGAGACAGCUCCUGCCGCCCUCCCCAGUCCUGCAGACACGUCCCCGGGGCAGGGGGAGCAGAUCAGCCCGGCCCAGCAGUCGGUGGAGAGUUCGGGCCCCGAAGGGGGCGCAGAGAGUGCGAUCAAGCUGGACCCGGGCAAGAGCAAGGGAAACAGCCUGCGGGACAGGCUCCUGCAGUUCCCGCUCUGCGAGAAAGCCCUGGCCUUCAAACUCCGGCCGGGCUCCAAGGAGAGCCUCCUGUCACUGGGGCAGUUCAAUUGCUGCCACGUCAUUUAAGGCCCCGCUGUGGGGUCUGGGAGGGCGCCCACUCCCCUGCCUUUGGUCUCCGGUGGCUGUGGGGCUAGCGGGUGGCACAGUGCCCUGCUUUGUCACCCGUGGUGGCCACCCAGCCAGCCCCACCCCUGGGACCCGCAGUGACAGACCAUCUCCCAGACAGGCCUGCCCAGCGUGAAGCAGACUGGGGUCCAUCCCCGCGCUGGCCAGCAUGUCCCAAAACCUCUGGGACAGUUCCAUGUUCCUGCCGGGAUGGGAUGGACUGUGAUACUUUUUUAACUACUAGAAAUAAUUUUUUUAAAUAGUCUAUUUUAAUGUAAUUAAAUAGAGAUUGCUAUAUUCCCCCCAGCCCCCCCAGUGCCCCAGCCCCACAGUGUGCAUGGCCCGGGGCUGGGCUGUCCUGCCUGCAGCCCCCCCGCCAGCCCUGGUCAGGGCCAGGCACAGCCUGGUCCGUGACCCCGGGCUGUUCCCCUGGGCCCUCCCUGCAAAUAAGCUUCCUAUUUAUUAUCUCUUUGUUUUCUUGCUGGCAAGAAAUGAAUGACGACGGAGGCGUGGGCCAGAGCUCGGCCUGAGCCGUGGCGCAUGUGCGUGGAAGGAUCGGAGCCGCUGGGAAGCAAAGUUUGUCAGGACAAUAAAAUAAGCUCGUGGGUUGA